CCUCCACUGAAACCAUCCGCUGUGCGCAUGGGACGCGCGACUCUAUCCGAAGAGAAAGACGCACCGAGGUGGAACAAGUCCGUUUAAGUUUUUAAACAGCUUUCUUUUUUUUUUCUUUUCUUUUUUUUUUUUUUUAGUUUAUUUUAAAUUAAAGGUGUUCUAUCCCCGGACGCAGAAUGAGAGGCUGGUGAAGAGAAAUAACUCAAUCGAUUGAGGAGGUUUUUGUCGAAACACACAAUGGAUCAGGAGGACACAAUGGACUUCAAUGCCCUAAGGGCCAAGUUCCAGGAGGAGGAACUCCUCCUGAAGCAGCCCAGGACCAAACCUGCUCUCCCAGAGAAACCAAAGGUUCUCCCUCCUCCCCAGAGCCCCACUCAUUACCUCCCUGCAGGAGCGCGACCCUCCCUGCUCACCUCCAUCAACCAGUCCUUGGAAGGAAAGAGCACCUUUGGUCCCAGAGUGGUCUUCAAGGAUGAGAAGAAGGAGAGCAAAAAGCCCCUCAUCCAGACCAACUCUAAGGGAAAAGACAAGAGUGAAGGAAAAUUGAAAAUAGGGAAAGACAAGUCAACAAAAGGAAGCAAAGAGAAGCUGGAUGAAAAUUCACUGGAUCAGAAGCCGAAGAAAGAGAACAGUAAGAAGCUCCCACUGCUCCUCCCUAUAGGACAGAAAGAGAGUACAGCAGAGCUGGUGCCGGCCACACCUCCACCUAAAGUCACAACACCAAAGAAGAAGGGUCUCCUUGGCUUCAGAAAGUCCACAAAGAAAGAGUCGAUGGAGUUGCCAGCUGAGCCGAUCCUGGACACCCCGAGUGUCGAUGUUCUUGGACCAACACCACUCAUCCCAGUGCCUUCAGACUUUGGUUAUGCACCACCAGAGCCUGAAAUCUCAGCACCAAACCUGCUUCUACCAGACAACCCCACCUUACCUGACCCUAGUGCUGCAGUGGAAGUUACCCCACCCCUCACUAUCCCUGAAUCUCCUGACUUCAACCCACCUCCUGCCUUUAUUCCUGACAUCCCGGCACCUGAAAUCCCAGGCCCAGAGAAUGAAACCCUGCCUGAGAUUGAAAAUCCUGCCCUGCCUGUUUCCAGACCAGCCAGUCAGAAUGAAAUUAUACUCAAUCCACCCAGUGCUGCCCCCACCCCUCCACCUACUUUCACCAUCCCUGACCCCCUUCCAGUGAUCUCUGCUCCAUCCCCAUCACCACCUGAGCCUGAGAUUGCAGCUGAGGCUGCCAUAGAGGCAGUGAAUAUAGUUGCAGUAGAGAAGCCUCCUACUCCACCCGUAGACCCUCCGUCUAACCCACCGUCUCCCAAAGCUGAGCGUCCGAUCUCUGCACUCUCUGCCCUGGAGAGGGCGGAGGACAUGAGCCCUGGAAAAAGAACACCUCCGAGUGACCAGAGGAUUUUAAACGCUCUGGAGAAAGCACGCAAGAAGAGCACCAGCCCCUUGGCAAACCCCACCCGAUCCUACUCCAUCACCCCUCCACCUGAGGAGCUACCCCCUCAGAUCAGAGCUGCUCUCCCGGAGCUCCCACCCAUUGAUUAUGAAGCAGGAAACGCCCUUCCACCGAAACCAGCACAAGUCAACGGCAUCGACCACCGACCAGCCUCUCCGGUGUUGGAAGGCAUCACCGAGGAGGGGUCGGAUCCCAUCCCGGAGCUGCUGGUGGUUCCCCCUCCUCCGCCCAGGAAGCUUCUCCCAGACAUCGACUCCUUGGGUCCUUCUCCGGAGAAGCCUGACACGCCUCCCACUGUCACCCUGAGUGAUUACAUUCCCCCUGUGGAAGAAAAUGAGAUCCCUGCUCCUCUUGAAUUCAUAGAGACCGACACCGUGGUUGUCCCAGAGUUUGACAAUGUGGCUUCGGACACUCAUUCUCCAGAGCUGCCGGUGUCAGAAUGGGAGGAGUACAUCGGUCCAGAUUUUACAGACCAGCAGGACAUGCCAGACUUUUACAUUAAUGGGAUAACUGUUCCCGAAACUGAGAUCCACACAGAGCCAGGAUUCGGAGAGGAACGCCUUGAUAAUCCAGCACCAGAACCUUCCCUUCCCAUCUCUCAAGACUCGUCUCCAGUGGCGGAGCCUCAAGUAGAAGCAGGCAACGGUGUCUGUGAGAGCGCAGACAAUGUGUAUGAAGACAUCAACACGUCUACGAACAAAAAGAAGGGAAAAAGUGAUGGUGGCAAGAAACGCAAAGGACCCCCGAAGAAUCCGUAUGCUGAGGCAGCACAAGAAACAAAUCAAGAGAAAAGCAAGACGGGCAGGUUUGGCAAGAGCGACAAGAAAGCCGCCGCAGAAGGGCCGGACGAGAAGGAGCUGAAAAAGAAGGAGAAGCAGCGGCUGGAAAAGGAGAAGAAGGAGCUGAAGGAGAAGCAAGAACGGGAAAAGAAGGAGCAGAAGGAGAGGGAGAAGAAGGAGAACGAGCUGAAGAAGAAAUUCAAAAUCUCAGGGCAGGAGGAUGCCAUGUACAGCGCAAAAGUAACUGUAACAACGAAGGGACGUAAGAACGACCUGCCCGUCAAGAGCGGAGACACGGUCAGCAUCAUCCGAACAACCAACUGCCCUAAAGGGAAGUGGCUGGCCAGGGACAGCAGCAACAACUAUGGAUAUGUUGCUGUGGAUCAUGUCGAGCUGGACAUCCAGGAGAUGCUUCAGCUGGGAAAGAAGGCUGCCCGCAAGACCAGCAGCAGUGUAACUGAACCAGAAGUUACCAGCACAGGAAGCAGGGCCUCAAACCACUAUCCUCUCUCUGCAGAAAGCUUCUCAGAUGACAGCGAGGAAUGGACCGGUGAUGAAGAUGAACCUCUGUCUCAUGCUCUUGACACUGCAGACCCACAGGGUCCAAUGGCUCACACCAGGACGCUCUCCAUGCCGGAUAUGGGAAACAAAGACCUUAACAUAAAUCACCAGCACAGUCAGAGUGACAUCAGCGCUGAAGGCUCCCAUAUGCAAGCAAGACAUGAAGCACUUCAGAAAUUGGCGACAUUCUUUCAUUCACCAAAACCUGCAGAGCCGAUUGCCAGCAGCACCGAACCAGAGACGAGUCCUGUGCCUGUGACGGAAGAAGCAGUCAGCGAGCCUGAGGCUAGUUCAACACAGAAUGUGGAUUUUGAACAGCCUGAUAUGCUCAUUUUACCUCCUCCUGACCUGUAUGCUGACUUCUCGUUGGAGUGACCAGAAAACAACAAGCCCACACAGGUUUGUCCUUCUUCACACUGUGACCCGUGUCAGUCACCUAAUACUGUGACAGCAUCUUCAUCUUCUUCUACUUUCUCCUUAUUUGCCCGAUGACUGCGUUUAUGGAUCAGUAUGAUGGUUUACAACGAGCGACACACCAUCUCAGUAAAUGGAUUUUUUUUUUCUUCUGUUCUUUGAAACACUCUGUGUGAAACCGCUGAGGGACAGUUUGGCUGGUGGCUCUGAGUGACUUUGAAACUUUGGAUCAAGGUGAGCUGCUGAUCCCAGGAAAGGACUUACAAACCGCUACACAAGCUUUGACCCUGGAGGCUCUUGUAGAGAAAAUUGCAUGUUUUGUGUGCACAUACCGGAAAGGAACAAAUAUUUAAAGUGGUUUAAAAAAGGGGGGAAGAAAACAGGCAAAGUAGUUUUUUUUUUUUUCCUGAUGAUACAUAGAGAACACAAGCAGUGAACGACAGGGGAAUCAUUUUAUUGUAGUCUUUCUUACAUCAGGUUCUUCUUAGGAUCUCAGUCCAAAGAACACAACAAGUGUCUGAACAUUUAUCAUAAGUCUACAUACAGCAGUUUCAAAAGUCGGAUGACUUUUAUCAGUUCACAGUGUUUUUAGCAAACAGCUAAAUAGAGAUAUUGCCAACAAGCUUACAAACUAACUCGGUGUUAAGUUUAGUUAUCAGUAAUUUAAAAAAACAAAACAUCUCUUCAUGUGCAUUUGCAAGACUAGGAUUAAGGUCAGUUUUUUCCCCAAAUGUUUGUGUUAUUGUGUUUUUUGUUUUUGUUUUUUUUUAACAAGACCAUCAUUUUCUACUCUGUAAUUCUGCUUAUCCUCAUUAUUUUGCCUAUUGUGGAUUGUGGAGCAGAUUAUAUAACCACUCGUAUUUAAAUGAGCUAUGUUUUAACACAUUAGGUUCAUAUAAUUAUCCUUAAAUGCAUAAACACCAGAGAGGGUAAUCUAAAAUAUCUAACUUAAGAAUUCUGCAAGCUGCAUUUGCUCUUCCUUGGUUAUAGUUGCACCUUCUGGAGGGAAACACCAUCCAUAAACUUUAUUUUCUGUGCUUUUUAUGGAGCUGGUGUGUGGCAGAUGUCACUUUUAUGUGACACAGACUCUAAUAGUUUCGUGUAAACUGAUGAAUAAUAAGUAUUACAGAAAGAGGAAUUUAGCGUGAUGAUCGCCUGAAGUCAUGUUUAUGUAAAAUACUGUUGUUGACUUCCAAGGCUGCGUGUUUGUCUGGAGAAAAAAAAAAAACACACAAAAAAGUCUGUAAUGUGUGUGUGUGUGUGUAUGUAUGUGUGUGUGACAGAGAGAGUGUAUAAAAUCUCAAAUUGACAAGACUUCAAGACACAACAGUUUUUGUUUUAUAUGCUUGUUUAUUGUUUUCAAUAAAUACUCAUUAAAGUGCAAA